AUGAUUGAAGAAGUAAAAGCUGUUGCGAAGACUGCUGCUGAAGAGGGACAUAAAGCUGAAGAAGAACAGAAGAUCGAGGACGCACUUAAAGAAAGAAAAGAGGAGAAGAAAGAGGAAGUUCAGAAAGUUGAGACAGAAGAAUCGGUGCUAGAAGAGACUGAGAUCCAUGCAACCUUUACUUUUGCUGCUGAUCAAGACUUCCUUGAAAAUGAUAUCCGUGUGAAGCCUGAUCUUGAUGCUCUCGGUGCACUUGGAGACGCAGGAUGGUACUGCGCUCGUGCAAUAUUAUGGGCCAAUGAUUUCAACCUGCCCAAAUCUGUAACCGCGUUACCGUAUUUAACAAAGCGGGCGUUAUCAUAUCCUGCUUUACACUGGGAUGAUGGAAAAGUCGCAACGCUUCACUGCUCGUUUCUCGCAAAUCUAACAAUGACCAUUGUAGCUUCAGGAACAAAAGGAAGUUUGCAUUUAAAUGACUUUGUUAUCCCUUUUGAAGAAAAGCAAGUCUGGGUCAUGGUUUUAGAAAUGUGUUACGUUUCUUCAGAGAUUCCAGUCGGAAUCCGAGCCGAGAUAAUGGAUGCUCUAGGGUUUAUGAAGGUAAUAGCAACGUUAGUGUUGGAUCUGCAAAAUGAGAGCAAUUGUGUGAUAAACAAAAGAAGUAGAAACAUAGCAAAAGUGUAG